UUGGACAAUAUCCAAAAUCGCUGCAAAAAGGGCAAAAAAAAAGAAAAAAAUAUCUUCUCCCGCCAUGAACAACACCUUCUCUACAGCCUCACACUCUUCCACCACUACGCGCUUCUCAUUCCCCUCUUCUUUAUUCAAACGGUUUCCUUAUCCCCACCAGUUCCCUUUCACUCAAACCCUAGCUUUCUCUUUCCCCAAAUCGCUUCGCACAUCCUCCCCAAAUCGAUUUCGAAUCUCCUUCAAGCAACCCCCGGCUUCAGACUUCUCUGCAGAACCUCAACUUUCCGAUGCCGAAGAAGACUACGACUACGACGACGACGAUGACGAUGUCGCCGCUGAUGAAUACGACGACAUUUCAGGUGAAUUAUCGGAGGAACCCGACCAAAGCGACCAGGAAAUUGAAAUUCCGAUGGUGGAAGAUGAGGAUGAAUCAUCAACUCCAACCGAGGAAUCCAAGUGGCAGAGAGUUGAGAAACUUAGAAAUGAAGUUAAAGAGUUUGGCGAUGAAGUUAUCGAUGUCAAUGAGCUCGCGUCUAUAUACGAUUUCCGGAUAGAUAAAUUUCAGCGAUUGGCCAUACAAGCAUUCCUGAGAGGUUCAUCGAUGGUGGUUUCGGCACCAACGAGCAGUGGCAAGACUUUGAUAGCAGAAGCUGCGGCUGUUGCUACAGUAGCAAGGGGAAGAAGAUUGUUCUAUACAACUCCUCUCAAGGCAUUAUCCAACCAGAAGUUUCGCGAAUUUCGCCAGACAUUCGGUGACAGUUAUGUUGGUCUGCUUACUGGAGAUUCUGCUGUUAACAAAGAUGCUCAGGUUUUGAUCAUGACAACGGAGAUUUUGCGCAACAUGUUAUACCAGAGUGUGGGAACAUCUGGUGAUGGACUUUUUCAUGUUGAUGUGAUUGUUUUGGAUGAAGUUCAUUAUUUAAGUGAUAUAUCUCGCGGUACAGUGUGGGAAGAGAUAGUUAUUUAUUGCCCAAAAAAAGUUCAACUCAUAUGUCUGUCAGCAACAGUUGCAAAUCCAGAUGAGCUGGCUGGUUGGAUCGGUCAGAUUCAUGGUAAAACUGAGUUGGUAACGUCAUCGAAGCGACCGGUACCAUUGACUUGGCAUUUUUCUACAAAGACUUCUUUGUUACCUCUUCUUGAUAAGUCUGGAUCACACAUGAAUAGGAAGUUGUCACUCAAUUAUCUACAACUUAAUGCUUCAGGAAUAAAAUCUUACAAAGAUGACGGUAGAAGGAGAAAUUCAAGAAAACGUGUGAAUGGGAUGAGUUUUGAUGGUGUUGGUGACAUGUCUGGACAAUCACUUUCAAAGAAUGAUAUCAACAUGAUACGCCGUUCACAAGUUCCUCAAAUUACUGAUACAUUAUGGCACCUUAAGGCAAGGGAUAUGCUGCCAGCAAUUUGGUUUAUUUUUAGCAGGAAAGGAUGUGAUGCGGCUGUUCAGUACCUUGAAGAUUGCAAGCUCUUAGAUGAGUGUGAGAUGGGUGAGGUUGAACUAGCCUUGAAGAGAUUCCGCAUUCAGUAUCCUGAUGCUGUCAGGGAGACUGCUGUGAAAGGUCUACGACAAGGGGUUGCUGCACAUCAUGCUGGCUGUUUACCUUUGUGGAAAUCAUUUAUAGAAGAGCUGUUUCAGCGAGGACUUGUUAAGGUUGUCUUUGCUACAGAAACACUUGCUGCUGGAAUUAAUAUGCCUGCUAGGACAUCUGUUAUUGCAUCUCUCACCAAAAGGAGUGAUAGUGGACGCGUUCAGUUAAGCGCAAACGAACUGCUUCAGAUGGCUGGUCGUGCUGGACGUAGAGGCACUGAUGAAAGGGGUCAUGUAGUGCUUGUUCAAACUCCUUAUGAAGGUGCUGAAGAAUGCUGUAAGGUUCUAUUUGCUGGACUUGAACCUCUUGUUUCGCAGUUUAAGGCUUCAUAUGGAAUGGUGCUGAAUCUUCUCGCUGGAGCGAAAGUUACUCGCAGUUCAAAUGAAUCAGAAGACAUGAAGGCCAACCAGACAGGGAGAACUUUGGAAGAGGCUAGAAAAUUAGUUGAGCAAAGUUUUGGAAACUAUGUUAGCAGCAGUGUUAUGGCUGCUGCAAAAGAGGAGCUAACUAAAAUCAAGAAAGAGAUUGAGAUGCUGACUUCCGAAGUUAGUGAUGAUGCCAUAGAUAAAAAGAGCAGGAAGCUUUUGUCAGAGGCAGCAUACAAGGAGAUUGCAGAUCUGCAGGAAGAAUUAAGGGCACAGAAACGCCUGCGGACUGAACUGAGAAAAAGGUUGGAAUCCCAGAAAAUAUCUUCACUGAAACCUUUACUAGAGGAGUCUGAAAAUGGACGGUUACCCUUUUUGUGUUUGCAAUAUAAAGAUUCUGACGGAGUUCAACACUCUGUCCCUGCUGUUUAUUUGGGGAAGGUUGACUCACUAAGUGGUUCAAAACUUGAAAAAAUGGUAUCUAGUGAUGACUCUUUCGCCUUAGAUGUACCAAGAGAAGAGACAAGUUCUAGUGACUCUCAAAUGAACUUAGACUUUGAGCCAUCGUAUUAUGUGGCUCUGGGCUCAGAUAAUUCUUGGUAUCUGUUUACAGAAAAGUGGGUUAAAACUGUUUAUAAGACUGGCUUUCCCAAUGUUGCUUUAGCUCUGGGGGAUGUUUUGCCUCGGGAGAUUAUGAGGAUGCUUCUUGAUAAGUCGGAAAUGAAGUGGGACAAGCUUGCUGAUUCUGAAAUUGGUGCAUUAUGGUGCAUGGAAGGAUCUCUUGAAACAUGGUCUUGGAGUUUGAAUGUGCCAGUUGUGAAUAGCCUUUCCGAAAAUGAUGAGCUUUUACAUACAUCAGAAGCAUACCAUGGUGCCGUAGAAAGUUACAAAGACCAAAGAAAUAAAGUCUCACGUUUGAAGAAGAAGAUAUCACGAACUGAGGGCUUUAGAGAAUAUAAAAAGAUCAUUGACAUGGCCAAGUUUACCGUGGAAAAAAUUAAACGCUUGAAAGCUAGAUCGAGGCGAUUGAUUAAUAGAAUAGAGCAAAUUGAACCAUCUGGUUGGAAGGAGUUCUUGCAGAUCAGCAAUGUCAUACACGAGACUAGGGCAUUGGAUAUUAAUACCCAUGUCAUAUUUCCACUAGGUGAAACUGCAGCUGCAAUCCGUGGAGAAAAUGAACUCUGGCUUGCAAUGGUUCUCCGAAACAAAGUCUUAUUAGAUUUGAAGCCUGCACAACUUGCUGCUGUCUUGGCAAGUUUGGUCUCUGAAGGGAUUAAAGUUCGUCCGUGGAAAAAUAACAGCUAUAUGUAUGAACCUUCUACGACAGUAAUCAAUGUGAUCAACUUCUUGGAUGGACAAAGAAGCUUUCUACUAGAAUUCCAAGAAAAACAUGGAGUAAACAUCUCUUGCUAUUUGGAUAGCCAAUUUUCAGGAAUGGUCGAAGCUUGGGCUUCUGGUCUCACUUGGAGGGAAAUGAUGAUGGAUUGUGCAAUGGACGAAGGUGAUCUAGCUCGUCUUCUACGACGAACAAUCGAUAUAUUGGCUCAGGUUCCUAAAUUGCCUGAUAUUGACCCUAUUCUACAAAGAAAUGCCAAGGCUGCUUCUGAUGUCAUGGAUCGUCCACCAAUAAGCGAACUGGCUGGAUGAAUAAUUGAUUGCCACAAAAAAUGAAACUGUAAAUUCUCUAUUGUUUACAGGACGAUACCUGUUAAACGGAAAAACCAAAAAAAAAAAAAAGGAAGAAACUGACCACUUUCCUUGUUUCCAUGAAUGGGAGGUUACAAGCAGUUGAUUUCCAAGAGUUAAUUAACUGGUUUAUAGUAGGUGAGUAGAAAACAACGUUUAGUUGGAAAAAGAGAAGAAAUCACAGAGAGAGAGAGAGAGAAAGAGAGAGAGAGAGAGAGAGAGAGAUGUGAAGAAAGGUAUUCUAUAAAGAUUUCUUUUUAUCUCUUUCUUCUUCUCCCCUACUUCACCAAUAUCUUCAAUUAGAAAGAUGCUAUAAAGGCCUUUUGGCCUGAGAAUAUCUAUAUAAGUCUGAUAACUGAUUAAACUUC